GUGAAGUUCUACGCCCCCUGGUGCGGCCACUGCAAGAAGCUGGAGCCCCUCUGGGCCGACCUCGCCGCCCAGGCCGGCGCCGACGUGCUCGUCGCCAAGGUCGACGCGACGCAGCAUCCGCGCCUCGCCAAGACCUACGGCGUCAAGGGCUACCCGACGCUCGUCUUCCUC